UUAAGCCUCUACAUCUCGACAGAUUUAGCAGAGAGUGAUUAGCAUCUUCGCUCACUCUUAAGCGCUGUAGAGCGUCCUAAAUUUACCGUCUGCGAUAUGGUGCCACUGCUGUGAGUCGCAACUUCGCUCAGUGUACAGUACACUGCGCACAGUUGCACGCUCGGUGGCGAGUCGAGAGGCUGCUACGUACGGUACGGUGCGUUCCCCGGUCGCUUGAUACACCAUGUUUACUACGCCGCUACUGGCCGGUCUAGAGGCGCACCGGGAACGGAUCGGCCAGGCAGCGGGGCUACUGACGGUCGCCCAGUACCUGGCGGGAUGGUUUAUUUGUAGCGACAUUAGGCGCCGCGGCACAUCGGCCGGCGUUUCACCGCUUCGCUUCAUCGGUGGCUGUGGACUCUCCAUCCUUCAGCUGCAGUACUCCGAGAAGCUUCAAGCACCGGCACUCAUCUGGACCAGCAUUUUCACGCUGGCCUUUUCGCUGCUUUACUCACUGUGGUUCUGGUGGUACACGCCUCCGAGCGGGCGAGGUGCGCUGUACCGGCUCACGGCGGCGGUGGCGACUGCUACAGCUGGUCUGUACGCAUAUGGCGCCCAGGGCGAUGGUCCCGACGUGAUGUACCGGCUGGGCAUGGUACUGACCGUGCUGGCACUCGCUUUCAUCGCCCUACCGCUGGCUCAGUUGCGUUCGAUUAUUCGCGCCAAAAGCAGCGCCGGGCUGCCCCUGCCUGCGAUACUCGCUUCCACCGGUGCAACCGUGCUGUGGCUUUUGUACGGACUGCUCAUCAACAACACGUUCAUAGUGGUAAGACUGUUGGGGCACAGCACCGCCGUCAGUUUCAAAUGCAUUCGACAUAAACGCCGUUUUUUAUACCGCACGACAGGUCCAGAAAAUCAUAGCGAUGGGUCUGUGCACGGUUCAGCUAUCGUUGUUUAUCAUUUAUCCAGCAUCCACCAGCAGUGGUGGUGAGAAGAAAAAGCAAUGAUAAUCCCCUGGCGGGCCGAGUGGGUUUGGUAGAAAAAUCCCUUUUCGAAGGAGGGAUCUUGCUGAGGGUUGCGAGGAAGCGGAAAAGCUGUCCAACUGGCUGGACUACGAUGAUAAGGCGCAUCGUGUACGCGAAACGAAAUCAGCGUUUGCUACAGAUGGUUGUGCUACAGAUGAUGUGUUGGUGAAAGGGUGGUUGUUUAUAGACAACUAUUGUGUCUGGCAGCUAACAAAAUUUUGGUUUUUGGUUUUAGGUUGAAUUUUAUAAAGGGUACAAGUGAGGCUCUAAUGGCAGUAAACACACAAAAACGUUUUUAGAAAAGAUAGAUUGACAUUAAAUACAAAUAAAACAUUCUGCCUUAACAAAAUUA